AUGUUCCCCUCGCAUCACAUCAUGGGAAGCUCCUGGUUGCGCUCGAAUCCUCAGAAUCUAUCAGGAAAAGCCCCCGAAGAGAAAUGGACUGCACCAGAACUCGUACCACCUGUCAGGGCCUCACCAAGACUUCAUGAUACUCCACGUCGAAAUCGAAACGCGCGCCACUACCUCCGACCCAGCUGGAAAAGGAACCCGAAACCAGUGUACAAGAAAAUCCUUUCAAACCCAGACACCGUAAGGGCCGAUCUGGAACUGCCCAAACACACCGAACUCCGCCACAUCCCCGAAAACAUCGAACGCGAACACAAGCAAGCAUUUUACUACAACCAGAUCUGGAACGCACGAGAUCAACAAUGGACCGUGCAACACGAAAGCAUCCAAAAAGACGUACACGAAGGCCAAGUGCGCCGUACCACAAUCCCCGCAAGGAAACAUGAACUAGACCCUGAACGGAGAGAGCAGUAUGAGAAUGUCAUCCAAGACCGGCGCUACGAUGAAGAUUCUGUAGAGAGGAGUGGAUGGCAGGGACAUGGGUGGUUGACACGUGCGAGGGCGGAGUUGGAAUUCCCGAAAGAGUUUGAUAGGCUUUGGGAAGAAUGGAAUCUUCGUGGGCGGAGGACUUCGGAGCAAGAACGGGAGUUGAUGGAACGGGAGAGGGAAAUCGAGAGGGAAGAGCAAGAGGACAGGAUUUUGGGGUAUGUGAAGAGGAACAUGAAGAACCGGGAGAGGAAUAAGCUGAAAGUUCUGGAUCGUGUGACGAAGAAAAUCGUGCCAAGACUCCGAGGAGGUGCGACGUCGUGGGAAGAAGUCGAACAGGAUCGUUUCUGGUAUCAAGAUCCGAUGCGAGAAGGUUUCUGGCCUGAAGCAUUGAGAUACAUCGAUGCUGUCCCUCUCGAGCUCAAGAGCUUUCCAGGUGAAUUCGUUGAGUUGCCUGGAGAGUGGGAGAAUCCUCUGGAGCGGAGCUGGAGUUAUGUUUUCAGGGACGAGUAUCAACGAUUGCUUGAGGAAGAAGAGGAGCGGCCGAAUGUUGCAGUGAUUGCGCCGGAGCAGUCAGCUUUUGCGGACGUUGGUGCGGCUGAGGUGCUAAGACAGCAAUUCGAUCAGACGCAUGGCAGGAAGAAAGGUAAUGAGGCAAGUGUUGAAGAUGUUGAGGAAGAGGAAGAGGAAGAGGAGGAGUUGCCCGUAGCGGCAGCGAGUAACUACGACGCAUUCUGGCGAAAACCCCACUCCUCUGGCUUCUUCGUCGCCGAACUGUGCCAUCGCAGGCAUCGAUGGACCGACGCUGAAAAGGCCGAGUACAUAACGGUUAUGCAUGUGUCGCGUGCGAGAAAGAAGAUCGCGUGUGUACCUUGCCAUGAGCGCAAGGUGCGGUGCGAUGCGUCGGACGUUGGCAUGCCGUGCACUCGCUGCAGCGAACGCCAGCGCAGCGCACACUGCACACCCACAUCGCGCAAGCCUCGAAGACGAAACGCGCACGCAUGCAACAACGCCCGCCGCCCAUCGGCCGAGCGCGAGCCUGACCAUGCAUACCAGCCAUGUGCUCCCAUCUCUCCUGUCGACACGGAUGCUUGGCAGCGCGCGCCCGACGACGAGCACGUGCAGACGCUGCGUGGCAUGGCCGGGCAGCCCACUCCGACCGAGCUGAUCAGACAGGACAAUGACAGGCAUGGCGUCGUCAAUGGCUCGCCUCACGUGAUUGAAUACUUCGACCGCUUCAACGCGACAGCCCUUCUGACAGAGGCGCUGGGCGUUCGCAAGCGCAAACGUCUGAUCCGGAUCGAGCUGGCUGCUGCGGGAGAGCCUGAUCAGCCCUAUCCGUACUUCGAGUCGCCCCAUCUGCCUGCUCACGACAUGCAAUACCUGCGCUCCAAGCAUGUCUUCGAUUUGCCGCCUCCAGAAGUCUGCCACCCUCUUCUGCGCGCCUUCUUUGACUACGUCUGGCCAUACACCCCCGUCUUCGAUCGCACCCGAUUCUGCAGAGAAUUCCGCGCCGGCACUGUCUCGUAUUUUCUCCUGUACGCUGUGCUUGCCAACGCCGUGCCGUAUGUAGACUUUGACGUCUUGGAAUCGCACGGCUACCGAAGUCGAGACUCGGCACAGAGAGAGUAUGCCGACCGCGCCAAGCUGUUGCACGACUUUGGACUCGAGAGACGCCAGCUGCAAUCCCUCCAAGCUUCUAUCAUCUUGAGCUCCUUCCACACUUCCUUUGCGCCAAACGCUGACUAUCGUUCGUGGUUCCAAAAUGCUGUUCGGAUAGCCACACAAAUCGGCCUCCACCGGCAAAAUCUGGGCGAAGACCUCGAAUUUUCUACGCACCAGCUCUGCCGCCGCAUCUGGUGGGUUCUGGUCCAACGCGACGUGCUCUUCUCCGUCUCCGGCUUGCUAAAUGCCAGGUGCAUCGAUGAUUCGGAGUCUGAUGUCGCGCCUCUGACAAAUCUGGACUGGCCAGAGGACAGCUCGGAUUAUAUGGAUACCGAACUUAUGUCGCCGCUGCCCAUCACGGCCAAGCAGUUCUUGAUCCACAAUGGAGAGCUGGCUCAGUUGGGCGCUCGAGUUGUUCGUUUCACGCGAAGUCGCAAUCACCCAAUCUCUGUAGACACUGCGCGCGAAUUCGACGCGGCAUUAAUCGCAUUUCGGCAAGGACUGCCGCCUGAAUUCCAUGUUAGCAGCAUCGCCACUUCAUCAACGCAGAAUCUCUGGGUCGUCUUACUGGGCGCAUUAAGCCAGAGGCUCGAGUGUGUCUUCUUUCGAAUCGCCCUCGAGCAUUUCCAGUCGAUAGGCGACCAAGACAAUGCACGCUGGUGCAAGCAGAGACUCUUCAGCUGCAUUUUCGAAUUGGACGCUGUCAUUAAGCGCGCAGUCGUCUACGAUCUCGUAAAGUUUGCGCCAUCCUCCCUGUAA